CACUGAAAUUGGUGGUGUGGUUUCCUUUCAGCUUGGUUUUGGUCCAGUUUGGUCAAGAGCGCGCGCAACUGACCAAAUGCCCAAAACACGAAACGCUACAAACACGCGCGCAAUCACUUACACUCAUACUGGCACUCACAUAAGAUCGUAUGUAUACUCGUAUAUAUGUACAUACAUAUGGAUACGUGUACAUCUGUAUGCACAAACACACUCGCGUAGCUGCACACGUGCCCAUAACCGUAGUUGUGUCCAUUAUCCGUACGCGAGACAUUUGAACACACUAACACAGUCGCAAAACAAACGGUAGUGCGACGACCGUGACGGUGGCGGCAAAUUUGUGCAAAUUCAAAUCCUUUCGCCGCUAAAAUUAAACUUCGUCACUCACUAAGUCCAGUUCAGCGACGCUCGCGUUCGUAACCGCGCUCGCGCUCAUAGUUGUUGAGCCGCAUUUGCACUCGCGCCAGUUUGUCGCCUUGCCGGCCCGUUGUUCAUGUUCGAAGGUUCGCAAAGCACCGUUGAACGGAAACACAAUCACAUCCUUUGAACACGCGAACGAGACAACAGCGCCAUCGGUGUAGGUAUUAAAAGUGACAAGGUCGACCAACAUAAAUAAAUGUGUUGCUGUUGUGUUACGAACAUUACUUACCUAAAAAUUCGCGAAGUGAGAAGCAUAGAAAUAAAACUAAAAUAUUGUGCAAAUGUGAUGUUUUGUAUUUUUACAAUAGGCAUAUGUAUUUAGUACUCACAUAUUAGUACAUACAUAUGAAUGAAUUUGUGAAGUGUAUAUUAAUGGAAAAACAAAACAAAAUAAUACCAAUACAUAAUUGCCUAACAAUAAGUAGUUCAGCUGAGCAUCUGCACGCGGUUUCUAAUUCGAGUGGAAAUAUAAUACAAAUUGUUCAAAAGAAACUGUUGCACAUUACUCCCAACAAAAUGCAAGAAUGAAUAUAUAUAUGUAUAAUAUUAAUGAACGAAAUUUUAUUUGGCUGCACAGAAUCGGUAAUUUUUUUUAUAUCAUUUGUAUUUCUGAAGAUUUUGGGAUUUCUCGCUGAAAUAACAGGCGACCAGCAUAAAAAGCGACACCAAAAUAAUUGCUUUAGAUCAAAUAUAUACUCUUUUUUCUGGAAUAGUUGUAUAAAAACAGUUCUCAAUACAGUGACAAAUACACAGUGUAUAUCGGACGGAGCUGGAAAGGAUACUGAUCUGUUGGCACUGCAACGCGUGGAAGAGGAGGCAAAUCGCAGGAGCAUUCCUAUUGUGAUUGGCGAUCACUCCAAUACCCACCACUCACUAUGGGGCUUUAGCAACACCGACACUCUAGAAUUCAAACUGUUCGACAACGGCCUCAAGUUGGAUAUAUCCAGCUAUUCCCAUAUGAAUAUCCGCAUGAGUACGAAGGGCAAGCGUCCAUUACGGAGCUUGACCCCGAGUGAUAAAAUCCAUGCCAUUCAGCGAAUACACGACGGAGAGUCCAAAGCCUCGGUGGCUCGUGAUAUUGGAGUUCCGGAAUCCACUUUACGUGGUUGGUGUAAAAAUGAAGACAAGCUACGCUUCAUGUCACGUCAAACUGAUAAAAUAACGGCCGACUCAUUAGCAGAAAAACUGGGAGCAUCAGCGGCAAUGCUCCCAGAAAAGCGCCAAAAGUUGGAUGGUGGCUCGCUACCGUACAAUUAUUCAAAUAAAAUUAAAUAUGAUGAACUGGUGUACAAAAGAUCUCAACUAAAUGGCCCAGACUAUAGUUCAAACAAAAGUUUGUCAGAGCUUGGAUUCAAUGGUUUGUCCGCAGACUAUAUUGCUUUCAGCAAUGCUGCCAAAACUAAGGUAUUUGCUGCUGAUAUAUCACGACAAGCAGAUCCAGCUAUUGCUGCCAUAACCCCACUUAAUAGUCUAUCUCAUCUCUCGGGACUAUCUGGCUUGGCUCAAUCCCCUCUUGCAAUUAGUUUUAAUGAACUUACAUCAAAUUUAAAUUUGUUAGCUCACCUAAAUCCUGGACUAGCAGCAAUGUCUGGAAUAAAUGGAUUGGCGGCCACGGCAAGCACUUUGCGUAAUGUGAAAACAAAGCCCCAGCCCCAAUUACAAAGUCCUCAUAGUGAAUGCGGAGAUCGGCAGCAGGGAUUAUCUGUCAAAAAUUGGGCGAAACAAAAAUCUCCAACACCUACUUCCGCUGGAGAUUCCAAUUAUGGAUUAAACUUAUGCCAAAAUGAUGAUAACAAUAAGAAUAAAAUUAAAUGUCCUAGUCCAUCGCUCGCGCCAUCACUCGGAAAUUGUGUACCAUCACUAACAACACUAUCUGAUGAUCCGUUGCUAUAUUGGUUAAAAUCCCAACAGGCAAUGUUGGGACUAAGCAACAUCUACCCAGUAUCAACCGCUCCCCCAAUUGGGGCUUCAAGCCCUCCGAUACGUUCUCCAACACCGCAACAAUCAGCAAGACUCCAUAUCAACACAUCAUUGAAUGCUUCCGCGCCUCUGACUCCAUCAACGACACCCUCCGCUAGUCUGGAUGAUAAGAAUGCUGCAUGGUUUAACUGGUGCAAAGCCCUGGGGGCUAGCCUUAACUCGCUAGCGCCAGCAGCAGCGGCCGUUCUUCACAGUGCUCCCAUGCAUCAACAACAAACUUCUUCUAAUGUAAGCAUUCCGACAAACAGCGAAACUGCCACAUCUACGACAAAUUUGACCUCCCAAAAAACACAUCUGGAAAACAUUCUCUUUACCCAGCUAACUAAAAAUGUUGAAAGCUCUCCAAUAGAAGGCUCUAUAAACAAUACUCAUUGUAGUGGCAUUCAAAGUGCGGACUCUACGAAUAAACCCGAAGAUCUAUCAGCUAAAACGAUAACAAAUAUGUCUGCACCAUCUUCUCCAAUUUCAACACCACCAGGUGGCAGUUCGUCACCCAGGCCAAAUACAGAAGAAAGCCUAGUCCCAACUCCAGUACAUAGCCCGAAUGAUCUAUCUAUGGCUAAUGUGCCCAACUCACCAUUCUACGACGAAAGGGAGGAAGAUGGGGUUACUAGUAUAGCAGAAUGCAAAGACGUUUUAGAUAACUUGUUAUACAAAAUCAAUAACAACCCCUCAGUGGCAUCACUUAGUAAAGCAACAACUCCAACAAGUGAAAGCCCAGAGGCGGAUGGGUGCACCAGUGAGUCAAAUGCUAGCUAUACAAGCGACAAUAAUCGGAUAAACAGCGAUGACAAUGUCAACAACAAUCAUUCCAAUAAAUCAGAUGAAGAAGAACGCUUGAAAGUUUUCGAAUUCAAUAAUAAAGGCGGUAACUCUGAAGCUAUAGAACAUGGUGAGAAGUUCCUUAAGUGGUUAGAAAAUUGCAGCAAUCCACGUAUCACAGCAUCACAUUUAAUGCAAUUGAGAUUUCUUAUCUCAGCUUUAAAAUCGAAUUGCGAACCUAAGACGGAAAACUGUAUAGAUGACACCAAAGAAAGAAGAUCCGAAAGUUCUAAUGCAACUGGAGUGACUAUUGUAGAGGACAAUAAUCGUAUGAACAAAGUACGUCGUCGCAAAUAGGAGCAACCAAGAUUAAGAGGGAAAAAGGAAAAUUCAAUUUAUAAGGAAACCAGUUCAAAUAAUGGAUUUCAGAGCCUGCGGUUAGAUAAUGCGUCUUUGUCAAAGAACUCAAUUUUCUUAUAUUGUAGUGUGGACACUAUUCAAGAAUGAAGAAUACAAGAUUACGUCUUGCCAAAGGCGGUGACGUCAGUACACAAACAAAAAGAAGAGUCAUAGUACUCUUACGAGUACGAAAGCAAUUGAACUAAACACAUGAAAUUAUAUAUACACACACGCACAUACACAAGCAUAAAUUGUUGGCACGGCACCGUACUUAAGUAAGUGGUAUUUGGCAAGUGCUAAAGUAUUUAUUGAAUUAAAUACUGUAAAAAGGAUUCACAAGUUACUGGUAAGCACAGGUUUGUUUAUUUUCUGUACUGACGUCAAUCAAUUGCCAAAUUUGCUAAAAAUAAAGUAGCGGUUUCCGGAAGGCGCUACCUUCUGUAUUCUCUAGACCGUGGAUGUUAUUGAUCAAUAUAAGUAACACGGUCAUGAAAUUACUUGGAAAUAUCCUACGAUCAGAGUAAGAGUCGAAUUGAAUGGAUUUUACAAUACAUUAGCUUCAAGAUAAUUUUUAUUCCUACUAACACAUAAGUAUAUAUUUCCCAACAUCCUAACCACUAUUAAUUCGUACGCCUACGAUUUUUUUUCUCAAAUACAUAAAUAUUUCAAACUCAUUGUGAGCCUCUUUAUAAAUAUUUUAUAUUCCUGAGAAUGGAUACUAUAUAGUUGAAAGGUCAGUCAAUUUUCGCGCGUUACUACUUUAAAAACCGCUAACCAGAAAGCCAUUAAAGCCAUUAUUCAUUCAUAGGACUGACAUAAACUUAAUUACUUCAAAUUCGAUUAUUGCUUCCCGUACUUUUCUUAUCUACCGUUUUCAGACUCAUGCAAAUGUUAUGUUAUUUUUAGUUAUAUUUUGCUUUGCAUAUAUAGAGUUCGCAUCGACAAUGGUACGUGGUAAGCCUACUAGUAUAAGUACUCGCAAUAUAAUGGUAAACAAAUUUGAUUCCGGUAAAACACACUCAGAAAUUGUGUUGGGAUUAUGUUUAUUAAAAUUAGCAAUACCGUAUGUUAUUAAAAGUUGAGGGAAGGCUUUCCAUAGCUACCACGAUAAAUUUGCUUGGGUAUAAUGGCUAAGUGAGAGGACUGAAUUUGAAAAUUAUGACACGAAUGUAGUAACUAUAUAAGCCUUUUGAUUCCUAAUAUUUUUUAUAAAUUAUUAUUAAGAAUUAAUAGCAACAUUUAACGUUAAAAAUCCUUCUGUUUUGCAUAAGUUGGAAAAAAUUUCAGACGCUUAUUUUACUUAAAUGCAAACACAGAAAAGUAUAUUAACAAUAUUCACUUAUAAACCACUCUAUUAGCUCAAGUUUUGAGGUAAAGCUAUUUUUACUCAAUAAUAUUACGAAUUUUAUUAAAAUGUUCUUUUAAACGUUUGUAAUACCGUGCAAAAUAAAUGUGCGGGACGAAAUGUCAAAGGAACGAUAGUGAGAAAAGAAUAAAGCGAAACGAAAAAACCCAUUCAACCAACAACGAGGUUCGAUAGAACUUUGUAGUUUUUAAAAGAGUUAAACUAAACUUUGGCUUUCGAUAUAUCAUUAUUUUCGAAAAUAGUGAAAAUUCGGACUAAAAAAUAGCAAUAAAAUAAUAUUUUCAUAAUAUCACGCGAUUUUCAUUCCAAAUUUUAGCCUGCGGCGCUUUUUUAAUUAAAAAUCUAUAUAUGUAUACUAUAUACAUGUUACAAAAACCAAAAUAAUAUUUUUACAAAUACUGAAAAUUUGAAAUAAAAAUCGCGUGAUGUUUAGUCCAAAUUUUAGCCUGCGGCGCUUUUUUGAAAAUGUACAUAUAUACAUGUUACACAAUAAAAAACAAAUUAUAAAAAGGAGUUUUUUUAAUUUUAAAUAUAUAUUUUUACAAAUACUGAAAAUUUGGAAUAAAAAUCGCGUGAUGUUUAGUCCAAAUUUUUGCAUGUGGCGCUUUUUUGUUUGAAAUAUACAUAUUAUACAUAUUACAAAAAAAAUUUUUAUAAAAUUACGCUUUUUUAAUUUUAAAUACAUGUUUUUACAAGUACUGAAUAUUAUAUUUUUGCCUGUAUACAUAUAUACGUGUUACAAAAUCGAAAAAAAUUUAUAAAAUAAGUGUUUAUUAAAAUAACAAAUUGUUUGCGCGUCUCUUAUAUAUUUACGAUAAUACAACCUUUUUAUAAAUAGUAUGAAUUAUAAAACCUAAGUUAAAUGCUUACCACGAGGACGGGUCAAUAAGUCCGUGACUUUUUGUAUUUCUGACCUCUUUACUGAAAAAGAAAUACUGCUCCUGUCUACAGGCAUCUGUCAGUUGACUCCCGUCAAAAUUUGAACGUGCUGCGUCAGUUAGUUUGAGUUUUACAGCUACCUUCAUCGGCUACCCAGUAAUUUGAGGAGAAAAUGGAAAAAACUGAAUUUCGUGUGCUUAUUAAGCCGAUUCACUCAUUGUUUCGAUUGUUGUUUGGUCUCACGUGUAUGGUGAUGGAUCCAUGUUUCGUCCACGGUUACAAAACGGCGCAAAAACUCCUCCAUACUGCGAUGAAGCAACGCCAAACCUUCCUGUGAAGUUGUUACACGAUUGCGUUUGUGGUCGACUGGGAAUUUCUGGGUAGUCUGAUAAAGGUAGCUGUAAAACACAAACUAAUUGACGCAGCACGUUUAAAUUUUGACAGGAGUCAACUGACAGAUGCCUGUUGACAGGAGCAGUAUUUCUUUUUCAGUAAAGAGGUCAGAAAUACAAAAAGUCACGGACCUAUUGACCCGCCCUCGUAGGUUGACAAUUGCUUUAUUCAUUUCUCUUCAACGAUAACAAAAUUUUUUAUUUAUGAAAAUGUUGAUUAUAGAGCGCGCUGCAGGCGAUUUCUGGAACCUCCUUUAAAAAAAGACGAUUUACGGUGUACAUCGUAACCCAGGAUUGGAUUAUCUGAAAUCAAAAAACCAAACAAAUUUUGUUAAUAUAUUAGAUUAUCUAGUAAUUAAUCGUUCGGCUAAUCAAAAUAGUGAAUUUUCACAAAAUGGCAGCUUUUAAAAGAAAUGAUUUCGAUUUUUACGUUAAAAUUUGGCCGUAAAUUGAUUAUAAAAUGGAAAAUAAGUAUCAGAUUUACAAAAGGAACGAUUAAUUACUAGAAAAUGUAUCUUUAAAGAUUGAGUUAAAACGGUUGACCGAUCAAACAAGCCGUUUUCGAGAUAUCGUAUACACCGACUUGAAAAAUGCCGUUUUGAAAAAAACACGUUUAAAGUUUCAAUACCUACCUUAAAACGUGCCGAGGCAUCUCUACAUAUUUAGGUAUAACUCCGAAAGUAUUGCUUAGAUCUACUUCAAAUUUCCUGCGUAUACUUUUGAAUAUAUGUACAUUACAAAAAUGCAAUAAAAAGAUCGAUUUUUUUGAAAGUCAUAACUGCGUAUAACCCCUUAAAGCACAGGACAACAUACAUUUGUUGGAAACUAAUUUACCACAAGCAGUGCAAAUGCUUCGUAUGAAUGAAUUUAUUUUCCAUGAAGACCGUGCCUAGGCCUAUAUUGCCAAAAUCACGAAAAACUGCUUUCUGACAAAUAUUAUUUAUAUUUUGGACUGGCCCUCGUCAAGUCCCGACCUUUGCCUCAUCGAAUCAUUAUGGGCACUCAUAAAGAAACGGCUAAUAAAUCAGGUAAUCUAGGGAACUAUUUUGGAAUUAAGAACAAACAUUGAAGAAUUUUGGAAAUCCAUUGCAUCAAUAAAGUGCAGGGUGCAGAUGCAGUUGUCGAUACCAAAGGUGACGUCACUAAGUACUAAUAUAAGUUUAUAUUAUCCUUAGAAAUUAAUAAUUGCCACUUUCCGUGUUGAGCUUUUUAAAUAGUAUCAUUUAAAAAUUAAUAAUAAAGAACCAAUAAGCUAUGUAAAGUUCGAAUGUACCAGAAAAAAACUUUUGAGAAAUAAAUAAAAAAUUAUACCCAGGACACGUACGCAAUCAAAACUUUCUUAUACAUACUAUACACUGUUGAACUGUUAUAGAAUCGAUUAUAUUAGUACAGAUAAAUUCUUUGCUAUAAAUAUUGCUAUUUGCUUUUAUGUAGCUAUUGUGCUUGGUACAGGAAAAAUGUAUCUUAUAAUUUCUUUCUGGCAUUCAAUUAGUGCUGUAAAGUUUCUAUUAAAUACACUUAUAAAGAAGAUGUUUACAAUGAGUUUGAAAUACAAAUAUUGAAUGAAACCGUACGGGUACGAAUUAAUAUUGGUUAGGGCCAGUAUGUUAAUAUAUUCAUUUAAACUGCUCUUUUAUUGACAUGAUGGGAAUUAUAUUUUAUUAUGUUAUUUGGAAUAUUCGAAACCUUAAAACAAGAGAUAGCUAUCACUUAGGAGCGUUAAUGUUUAAUGUCUUUAUAGAUACCUUUCUUGUGAAAGAUUGAAAAUGCAGUACAAUAUAUUCCUCUAGAUAACGCCUGACUUAAUUCUUUAAAGCAGUGAGAUUACGUGAUUUUCACAUUUGUAUUUUUAAGGCUUACAAUAAAUUUAAUACUACUACUUGUACUGCAGAAAAGAAUUGACUUGUAUCUUGUUAAAUGGUAAAUUUGAACUCAAAGCGUCUGGUGAACUAAACAACACACUUAUACUCUGUUUUAAUUGCUGCUGGUAUGGGUGGAUUACUGAAAAUUGAAAAUGGAAAAAUUUAUAGAAUCGGACGAUUUUGUGUUGUUCAUUCUUAAUGUUAUUUUAAUAACGUCAUUUAAAUUUUUAUAAAAAACCUGAGUAAUUUUGAUAACAAAUUUUACAUGUUACUCUGGGCACCAAAAUUAAUUUAUGUUUAAAUACCUGAAACUUUAUGGAGAAUUUUUGAAAUAUAUGCAUUAUUUCUCUGUACAUCAUUCCAAAUACCACGUACAUAUAAAUGUACAUAUAUGAAACUAAAAAUUAGUACUUAUAUAUGUAUACUAAAACGUAGGUUUGUAUUUAGAAAUAUUUCUUCCACAUGUAUUAUUACAUGUAUUAGAAAAAUUGUAUCGGAUUUUACACUUAUUAAAUGUAAUUAGUUAAUCAUAAAUCGUACCAAUUCGCAUAGAAGCUUUCAUUUCAUCUAUAAAUAUGUAUUCCUCUUUUGUAUUUAUGAAUUAAUGUACUAACCAGUGUUGACGCGAUCGAAAAAGAGAAAUUAUCGAACUUUGGAAAACAGUAACCAAAAAAUAACCAAAUUUUCUGUCAGAAAAUACAAUAGCAUUUUAUUUAUAUUCUUAUAUCCAUAUAUACUUAUAAAUAUAGGUACGCAACUAUUUUCAACAAAAAAUAAACAUUAAUUUAAACAUAAUUACUGCGCAUGUACAUUAGAGCGGGCUAUUUUUUCUUUACUUUGUUUAGGCGGCUUACUCUCUUCUAAACAAAACAGUCCACACAAGCAUAGCUCUAAAUUCGUUUUCGAGCCUCCCUAUUUUGAAUUUGGAAGUAAUUUAUUCACAUAUAAUUUAUAUGUAUAUAUACACUGGUAAAAAAUAGCAGUUUAAAACGCUAUUCGAAAUGGAAAAAUAUACAAAAAUUUUAAUAUUUUCAUAUAUUUUACUUAUUAACACUUUAUAUCAUUGUAAAUAGCUAAAUAUUUAUGUUAGAGCGGCAAUUAUUAGAACUGCAAGGGGGCUGGUUGAAACAGAUUUGGUUGAAAGCAUACGCUUUCCAACGGGGGGGUAUGAAUACAGCAGGAGCCGACAUAAGUCCUAGUUUUAAGUCAGGCAUAAAUAAUUAAUUUUCGCGUUGGUUUACAGUAUAGUUUACGUUUUGACUUAUUUAUACCAUUUAAGUUGAAUUUAGACCUUUAGUGUAUUUAGAGAUUUAUAGUAGAAUUUUGGUAAAAGAAAAUGGUAAUUUAAAAAAAAAAAAUUUACAAAUAUUUAAAUUUUUCAUAUGUUUUACCUUCAUGUUCGGGCAUUCCUAAGGUAUUUUAAUUAUUUUAAUACUUUUUAUAUAAUUGUAAGCAGCUAAAUAUUAUUAGAAUAGACUGCAAAACAUAAAUAAAUUUAAAUUUAGGGAAAGUAUUCCUUAAACCUAUGAAAAAUUGUUUUUUCGACCCUGGAUUCAGAUUUUGAGAUAAUUCAAAAUUCGGAGCAAGAAGUUGUUUUCUACUUUUUUAAGCCUGAGAAAAUGUAUAGUUUGAAUUUUUCUGUCACAAUGUAAUAUUAUAGUGAAAAAUAUAGUGAAUUACAGUAAUAGUAUAAGUUUUUAUAACUUGAAUAAAAUUGCAGUAAAUAGUUUUUGUUAUUUAUUUAAAAGUAAGAAAGGGUUUCUUCCUUCAAGAAUAUUCGAAUUAAGUAAACUUUACAAUUUUCCGAUCUCUAGCGGAAGGUUUUAAUAAUAAUUUUAAUAACAAACAUCAAAAAGUUGUUUUUUGUAUAUUGUAUUGUAUAUUGUAUAUUGAUUUUUAAUCCGAUCCAAAAAUUUAACAAGAAAACCUGAAAUAAAUUUAUUGGGAAUUAGUAACUAAAAUUCAAAAUAAGGAGGCUCGAAAUCCAUUUUAGAGCUAUGCUUCACUGGUCCUUUUUGUUCAGAAUUGUCAGUUGAAUACAAUUCAGUCGCCGAAGAACAGUAGUUUAUAUUUGUUAAGAUCAAAUUGACCCGCCCUAAUGGGCAUACAUGUCUUAAAUGAAUUUCAUCAACAAAUGUUAAGUUGAAACAAGUUGCAUUAUUUUAUGCAUUUCGUAGAAAAAAUUUCAAUCCAAAUACGAAAUUAUAACAAGCAACCAUUUUCCAUUGGUCUAUAUUUCAGCCUUUUAGUUACUUUUUAAGAGUUCCUUUCAAGGCAUUAUAUUUUGAAAACUUUUUAUCUCUGCAAAGUAUUAUAGUCUUAAUAUUUGUAAGAAGCGAAAGCUUUCGCUCUGCACCCAUCCAUUCACUUGUGACAACCAUAGGAUACCAAAACGAAUCCAUAGAAGGUGGCUUCGCUAUAGUAGCAGAUUUGAAUUUUUUUUCUUGCGAUUUGCUGAUUUGAAUAUUAAAGUUUUUGUUUUUUGUUGUUGCAUUAUUUGUUUGUAUAUGUUAUUAUAGAAAUGUUGCCAAUCAAACUAUCAAAUUGUAAAAACAAAAUACAUGUUAAUGUUGUUUGGAUACAAAAUUUGCCAUGCUGUCGAUGCAUAUGAUGAAUUGUUCACAGAACAAAAAUAUUGAAAAAAUGUGAAAUGAAAUCCUUGAUUUCAUACUGUGGUCUACCAAUUUCAAUUACACAUUUUUGUGAAGUUUCACCAAAUAGUAAUUUGUUUGGAAUUAUAUGUUUGUAAUCAAAAGUGCAACACUGGUACUAACUCGAAAAAUGCGAAUUAGUAAAAAGGUACAUUUCCUUAUGAAAAGGAGUUGUCUCUUGUAAAGUAUAAACUCAAGACAGCAGUUUUGCAAUAAAAAAAAAUUAAAUAAUAUAUAUAUAUUUUAACUCAACUUCCAUACAGUAUUUAUAAAUAUAAGAUAAACCGAAUUGAUAGUUUAUUAUAAAUUGUAAAUGAAAUCUAUGGAAUUAUCUUAUAAAAUUAUCACCAUUUUGUAUUACAUUCAUUUGGGGAACAAAAAGA